CUUUACCUAUUUCUACAGUGGGUCUGUUUUGACAAGAAGUCUCGUUUCGUUUUGUUUCGUUUUUCCAGAUUUGCAAUGUCUGGACGUGGUAAACAAGGAGGGAAAGCUCGGGCUAAGGCAAAGUCUCGCUCCUCGCGUGCGGGUCUUCAGUUUCCUGUGGGCCGAGUGCACCGCCUGCUCCGCAAGGGCAACUACGCCGAGCGGGUCGGGGCUGGCGCGCCGGUGUACCUGGCGGCGGUGCUGGAGUACCUGACGGCUGAGAUCCUGGAGCUGGCGGGCAACGCGGCCCGCGACAACAAGAAGACGCGUAUCAUCCCGCGCCACCUGCAGUUGGCCAUCCGCAACGACGAGGAGCUCAACAAGCUACUGGGCCGCGUGACCAUCGCUCAGGGCGGCGUCCUGCCCAACAUCCAGGCCGUGCUGCUGCCCAAGAAGACAGAGAGCCACCACAAGGCCAAGGGCAAGUGAUUUGACAGGGACCUGAAUCUCCCGAAGUGCUUUAAAACCCAAAGGCUCUUUUCAGAGCCCCCCCACUGCUUCAAAAGGAGAGCUCUAUGUCGCUAUGUAAAGCUAAAGAGAAAAGUAGGUGAAAGGUUUCAAAAGCUUCUCACUACAAAGAGUUGCCUGGAUCCGGAGCCUGUCAUACUCAUCAAUUCUCAGAAAUAAAUGGAUAGAUGGCAUCAAUGUUCUGACGUCACUGAUUGAUUCUGCACCUGCAAAUUUUUGUCCUAUU